AUGGAGAACCACAAGCCAUUCCUGGUGUUGCUGUCCUUCGCCUUUGCAGUCGGUUUUAUCUCGGUUGUGUUCGUACUGAGAUGGGUUUUACAUUUCAGAGAGGGUUUAGCCUGGGAUGGAGGAGCCAAAGAAUUCAACUGGCAUCCUCUUUUGGCUGUGACUGGGUUUAUUUUCCUUCAAGGAAUCGCAAUUGUUGUGUACAGACUUCCAUGGACUUGGAAAUGCAGUAAGCUGAUGAUGAAGCUCAUUCAUGCUGGCCUCAAUGUACUGGCCUUUAUCCUGGCUGUCAUUUCUCUGGUAGCUGUGUUUGAUUUCCACAAUGUGCAGAAUAUCCCAAAUAUGUACAGCUUGCACAGCUGGGUGGGAUUAAUUGCAGUCAUACUCUUCUCACUGCAGAUUGUGCUAGGACUUUGCAUCUUUCUUCUGCCUUUAAGCCCUGGAUACUUGCGAGCUGCAUUUCUGCCUAUACAUGUAUUUAGUGGUCUGUUUAUCUUUACCACUGUGAUUGCUACUGCACUCAUGGGCAUCACUGAAAAGCUCAUAUUUGGCCUGAAAGAUCCAAAAUAUAAAGAUUCUCCUCCAGAGGCCACAUUUGUUAAUGUGCUUGGAUUGCUGAUAGCCUUGUUUGGGGCACUCAUACUAUGGAUCGCUACUCGGCCCUCUUGGAAGAGACCGAGUGAGCAGCUCCUGCACACCCUGCACAACAACGAACCAUUGUCAGACGCCACCAAAACGGACACAGCCAUGUCUGAGAGACAGGAUCCUAACACUGAGGCCCGCAAAAGAAAUGGCAAAACGGAGGAGUAAGGAGAAAAAGGAGAGUAAUGAGAUAAAACUGUCUAUCUGCUGCACUUAUCAUUCCAGAGCAGGCAAACAUAUCUUCAGUGGAAGUUUUUUUUUUGUUUUUUGUACACUGUCACCUAUAUAAAGAAGUGUAUUUUUUAUAAGAGGUGUUACAUAUACAGUAGUGUGCAAAAGUCUUAGGCACAUGCAACAAAAAUGCUAUAAAGCCUUAAAAAUAAUGAAACAAAAUGCUAUAAAGAGCUGUAAACAGUAAUAAAUGAAACAAAGUCA